AUGGCAUUUAGACCAAAUCCAACCAGCCCCAAGACGUAUCCGGUCUGUACUAUCACUAGUGCUCCAUCAAAGUUUGUUCAGUGCAUUAUGUGGGCAAAGGAGUUACUAUUUUCCAAGUUAUUUGGGGACAAGAAUCAAGACAAUGAUUUAAAUGUUCGCUCAAGUGAUGCUACCAGCUCGUCAAAAAAUGUAGAUGAUAUAUUUGAACAUAACAAUGAUGAAGAUAUUACUCAAUAUGGAAGGAAAAUAUUUCAUCAUGUAUUUGGUUACAACAUUGAAUUAGCUUUGUCCAAUGAGGAGACAUGGAAAAAUCGAAAUAGACCUAAACCUAUAUACAGCAAGGAUGUCCUUUCUGAUGAUUUGGCUAAACAGAAUGGAAAUCUGGACAACUAUAAUGCUUGUGGUGAUGGAUUAUCAGUUUCUGCCAUGCCAUCUUUGGGCAUGAAGAACCCACAAGAUGUAUGGAGUCUUAGAGAAAAUUCUAGAAUACUUCUUGAAGCACUGAGACUAUUAUUCACGAAAAGAGACAAGGAGGUUGGCAAUCUAAGCUUUGAUAAAGACGACCAGUUGGCUGUAGAAUUUGUUAUUGCAGCUGCAAACAUACGGGCUGCUUCAUUUGGCAUAUCUCUACACAGUCUUUUUGAAGCUAAAGGAAAUGCUGGUAACAUUGUGCAUGUUGUGGCGACAACAAAUGUUGUUAUUGCUGGUUUGAUUAUCAUUGAAGCAAUUAAGGUGCUGAAAAAUGACGUUAAUAGAUAUAGAAUGACAUAUUAUAUGGAACGCCCAUCAAGAAACCUGUUGCUUAUGCCAGUGGAGCCAUUUGAACCAAACAAAUCAUGUUAUGUUUGCUCUGAGAGUCCGGUAUUGCUUGAAAUAAAUACAAACCACUCAAAGUUGAAGGACGUUGUUGAAAAGAUCAUCAAGGCUAAGCUUGGGAUGAACCUUCCACUUAUUAUGAAUGCUUCAAACCUUCUCUAUGAGGCUGGUGAUAUUGAGGACGACAUGGUUGCAAUUUAUGAUGCCAAUCUUGAAAAGGUCCUAGUUGAGUUUCCUUCUCUUGUAACUGGUGGUACAAUGCUUAUAGUAGAGGAUUUUCAACAGAAAUUGAAAUGUGAUAUCAAUAUAAAACACAGAGAGGAAUUUGAUGAAGAGAAAGAACCUGAUGGAAUGGUUCUCUCAGGAUGGAUAGCAACCGCAAAAAUAACGACCUUCACUAAUUGUGCGGGACGCCUUUUGACAUUUACAAAUAGCCGGUUCAAUAGUGAUUUUAGCCUUAAUGCAAUUGCAUUUCUUCGUUUCUAUGCAGUCAGAAUUGUUGAUGGAGGACUUGUAUGCAAUAAGAAGAGCAGUAUUGAUGGCUCAUCAGUUGUAUUAUCAAAUGGUGUUUCUGAUGUACAAGAUCUUACCGAUAACGAUGAUCACGUGUCCUUUUGGAUUCCUUUGUUAUCAGGGUUGUCAAAAUUAACUUCUGAUCCAAGAUCAGUGAUCAAAAAGAGUUCGUUGGAGGUUCUUUUUAACAUUUUGAAGGAUCAUGGCUAUCUAUUCUCACGCACAUUUUGGAAUAGCAGUUUUUGUUCUGUUGUUUUCCUUGUAUAUAACUCAGUAUGUGGAAAACGAGACAUACCAGAGGGUCAUUGUUCAUCUUCAGUAUCUGUGCAUACUGAAGGAGACACAUAG